AUGGCGGACGCGCCAGUGGCAGCGAUGGGCGUGCACGAUCAGCAGCAGCGGAGGCGGCGUUCGCGGGCGUCGAGCGAGUACCUGGGCGUGAGGCGGCGGCCGUGGGGCCGGUACGCGGCGGAGAUCCGCAACCCGGUCACCAAGGAGCGCCACUGGCUCGGCACCUUCGACACCGCCGAGGAGGCCGCCGUCGCCUACGACCUCUCAGCCAUCUCCAUCUCCGGCCCCGCCGCCGCGCGCACCAACUUCUACUACCCGCGCGACGCCGCCGGGCUCCCGGCCGCGGGCGCGGCCACCGCGCGGCGGCGGCAGGAGCUGCUGCUGCCUUAUGAUGCUCCUGUGGUGCCAUCACCAGCGCCGCCGCCCUCGCCGUUGUCCGGCCGUAGCGGCGGUGAUACUGUGGAUGAUUAUGAAUGUCAGUUCACGGUGGAGGAGACUGAUGCCGACGACGAGUCCAUGACGAUAGCGGCCAUUCUGCAGAGCUUCCAGCAUCUGAAUGCUCCAGCGGCAUCCUCUGCUUCGCUGUAUUAG